CAUCACCCCUAAUUCAAUUCUAACCCUCCAAACCAGUUGACCACUAUGGGCAGAGAAGAACUGUCGCCAUCACAACUCAAUUCUCACAUCACAUAUGGCUCGAGAAAAACUGUUGCCGCCGCCGCUUCCAAUCGCCCCUCCAUCCAUCCCAACCAGAUACACCCACCCAUCCCCCACCCGAAUCCGCAACUUCCAUGUUGCUCUGUUUCUAUACCUCUCAUGCUUCUGCUACAACCCAAAUGGAAGACGAGUUGACCGGCCGCCUACAGAGUCACUAAUCCGAUGACGAAGGAAGCAGUGGGUUGGUGAUGAGGAAAUUAAAGAGUAAUGGUGGUGAUGGAUCAAUUCGAAGCAAGCCAUGAUAUGGGCCCUAGCCCAUGUUGUGAACAAAGCAUAUUUGCUCACUCUGCUUCACAUUAUCCCUCCUUCUCAUGGAAACCAACCUUCACAUUCCUUCCCAACUCCCUCGGUGACCUCUGCAAAGCCUGCAAGUUUGAGUAUUGUGUUUCACAGUGUUUACAAAACUGUUCAAUAUGAUUUCUCUGUUCCAAAUAGCUCAAAAAUUAUUGAAUUAUUUUUUGUUUGGUCUAAAAUAAAUGAAAUAAGGGCAUUAGAGUAAAUUUAUCUUAACUAGGGCGACAAAUAACAAAACCCCUAAAUCAAAGCUCAAAGAGAACCGCAAAUAAACACGGGCGUUUGGUGUUAGAACUGAAAAAUUACCUCAUUAACAAUUUAGGUCUUCAAUUAUUAAAACAAUACUUUUAGGUCUCCUAUCAAUAACAAUGCCCAAAUAGUUUCUGAAUUCUGUCAACAAACAGAAAGAUCACUUUCUGUAAUCAUUGAAAUUAGAAGCACCAAAUUGCCCCAUAUAAAAUUGACAGUUUUAAAUUGACUUCUAAACAGCUGAACUGACCUAAUCGCAAAGUUUAAAAUUAUAGGGAUCAGUUCUGUAAUUUUAACUAAUUCGUAUGAUUCAACAGUAUAAAUCCGAGCCGUAAACCUCCGCCUUCGGAGUUAGGCUUCUCUGGUUCUUACUUUCUGACUGUGAAGUCUUCUUCUUAUUCUUCUUCUUCUUCCAAUUUCAGCUGAACCCAAACAAACUCUCAGCGGCGGAACCACCCAACCAAAAAUGGCGGAUUCCCCACCCACCGCUUCUCCUCCACCUUCUUCUUCCUCUUCCUCCUCUCCGCCUCCCCUAAUACUCUCCCAUCAACCUAACCCAAGCCCUAAUUUUUUCUUCCCCGGUUUCUCACCCGCAGAUCCUUCGGCGUCACCACAACAACCGCCGCCGCCGCCGAGUGACGUCCCCCCGGAGCCACUCCCGCAGUUCAUCUCCGUGCUAUCCAGGAGGCCUGCUUUGAGGGUGACCACAGAGUUCGACAGCGACAGCUCCGUGUUCUUCCACAAGGUCUCCUGCAAGCUGCUCGACAGCUUCGCGAAGCUCAAGCUCACGUUUCAGAACAACGGCAAGCGGGAAUUUUCCGAGCCUCAGAUUUCCCUCGUCUCGAAGAAUCUCUCUAUUCAUUACGAUGUUGAAGAGCAGAAUGCGCUCAUUAAGACCUCCUUCGACGUUGGUUCCAGGCUCCAUUUCAAGGGCGUUCAUGAUGUCAAGGCGGAACAAGGAGAGGUUGCAGUGGUGGCCAAACUUGCUGAACCUGGAUAUGCUCUUGAGCUCUCAUCUCCUGUUCCUGCAGUUGGCUUGCCUAGAGCAACUCUAAAGUUCCCUUUCGGUGAAUUUUCGUUGGAGGAAGAGGAGAGAGCAGAAGAGAAACGGGCACUGUCUAUUAGUGGACUUGGUAAAGCUAAACUGUUGAAUGGGCUUUGUUCUGCACAGUACAGUGAAGAGGAACUGAAACUAAGAUAUUCCUACAAGGACGAGGAACUUUCGUUUAUUCCCACUAUUUCACUGCCUUCAAAUGCUGUGUCAUUUGCAUUCAAGCGUCGGUUCAAUCCUUGUAAUAAGUUAAGCUACUGGUACCAUUUUGAUACCAACAACUGGAGUGCUGUGUACAAGCAUAAAUAUGGCAAGGACUUCAAGUUCAAAACUGGAUAUGAUUCAGAUGUUCGACUCGGCUGGGCAUCCCUCUGGGUUGGAGAUGAAGGUGGAAAGGCUAAAUCUGCACCAUUGAAGAUGAAAGUCCAAUUCAUGCUCCAAGUGCCACAGGACGACUUCAAAUCGUCAGCGUUGAUGUUUCGUGUCAAAAAGCGGUGGGACAUAUAGAGUAUGUAUAGGCUUCUGAAAUCACCUUCUUUUGAUCCUAUACACCAAUGUGAGAUAAAUAGUAGUUGUUCUUGUUAUGGAUGCUCAUUCUACAGCUUGGUUAGAUGAAUUUCUGUUUUCAGAGAAGUUAAUUCAUGGGAACCUAGAUCGUCAAGCUAUCCGGAAGUCUUUCGUUUGGAAGUUAGACGUUGAAUUUUGGGUGAUAAAAAUAUCAGUGCCAAGUCAAAGAAAAGUCUGGGUGUUGGUCGAUAAAAGAAGACGCCAACUCUAUAAGAUCACAAGAUUCCUAACUUUGUGAUGGUCGCAUGCAUCUUCUUUUGUUUCAUGACUUGGUGAUUUCAACUUGCUGUUUUUCUUCUCAAAACAGCAUCCUCUGUAUUUUUCCCCAUAAGAGCAAUAAGAACAAUUCCAAGACAAGAUGGUCAAUCGGGGUAGGAUACGGUGACUACCCUCAAAAGGGUUUGAUUUUUGACACCCCCUUUCUUGCUCCAUUUUUUCCUCGAUCAUUUGGUAAGUAUUAAUCAAAGUGGUAGAAUUUAACACUCACAUUAAAUACACAUUGGGAAUUAAAUACCUCACAUUAAAUACUUGCUUUUUUCAAAUUUAAAUCUACACUAAACCAAAUUCUCUCUCCAAAAAAGCAAAUAAUCUAGGGAUGGCAAUGGGUCGGGGACGGAUAAUGCAUAUCCGUUACCCUACUCAAAGUAGUUCGGGUUUUACACAUACCCAUACCCACAUAUGAAAUGGGUAGAAAAUUAAAACCAUGCCCAUACCCGUUCGGGUUUCGGGUAUCCACGGUUAUCCAUGGGUAAUGAUUUCUCUUCAUAACUCCAACUAAUAUAUUAACAUUCACACGUAUUCUCACAUUACGCAAGAGGAAAAAUAUGUCAAUAAUUCACUAGAAUGAAGAAAAUUAAUUAAAACAACACAAUUUCAUGAAAAUAUUAUAUUUAUAUGCUAAAUAUAAAAUAUCUUAGAGAAAAAUAAUGACUAUUUCUAGACAAAAUACAUAUGUAUGUGUAUAAUCGGGCGAGUUCGGGUUGGAUACUGAGAAAUCCAUGCCCACCCAUUACCCGCAAUAUUCAGGUUCGGGUUUUACCCGUACCCACUAAAUGUCCUUCGGGUUCGGGUUUUACCCUACCCGAUUAGGCCGGGUUCGGACGGAUAUCCACGGUUACAGAUAUUUUUGCCAUCCCUAAAAUAAUCCCUCUCAUCAUGCUUCCGCCGUUAUGAUUUUUCGAUUUCUGAUUUUUCAGAUAUGACUUUUCUAUUUUUCAGUUAUAAUUUUUGUAUAACUGCACUGAUAUUUUUACAACUACACUUAAACUCAUAUAUGAUAUUUUGUACCAGUGCACUGGUAGAGAUACCACUACACUGGUAGCGAUAUCAGUGCACUGGUACAAAUAUCAUAUCUGAGUUUAAAUGCAGUGGUACAAAUAUCAGUGAAGUGGUACAAUGUAUCACUGCACUGAUACAUUUUUUAAUGUAACGAUACAUUUUUGCGGGUGGCCGGAGGAAGUCUAUCAACGAGAUUUCACCGGAAAAAUGUGGCGGUCGGAGGAUGCUGGAAAAAGGAUGAAUGAAAGAUAAGGAGAGAGAAUUGUAUUUAAUGUAGGUUUAAAUAAAAAAGACAAAUAAUUAAUAUGGUGCAUUUAAUUCCAUGUGUAUUUAAUGAGUGUUAAAAUAUAAGAUUGCAUUUAAU